UGUGUGUGUGUGUGUGUGUGUAUGUGUGGUGAAAUCAGGCGUGUGUUGAUCCGUGCUGCAGCAACGUGCCUCGGCUCUUCUUGCAUCCCCUCAGCCUUCUUCUUCUUCUAUCUGCAUUCACACCAAGGCUGUUUCACGUCCUCUUACUGGCUUCAUCGUUGGGCCCUGCAGCUUGCCCUUUUUUUUUUUGCAGUCGGUAUUUUUUGUUGGGUCAUUUUGUCCGAUCUCGCCCGGGUUCUCCCCGCUCAGCGUGAUGCAUCGUGGGCUGGGAAAGCACUAAACACAAGACGGACAUCUGCACCAGAAGAGGAGACGAAAAGAUGGUGAUGGUGACGAUGACGACGGCUGCUGCUGCUUCACCAAAUUUAGCCUCCAAAUGUUCGACGGCCAUGGCGAAACCUUCUUCCCUUCCCUUCAAGCUCUUCCUCUGGUUCUUUAUUACCGCCAAUCUCCCCACAAGCUCCUUUCAGACCGAUGAUGAUGAUGAGGUAUCCAACAAGACGUGGGUGCUGACCCCCAAGGUAUAUGAGAGUGACGUCACGCACAUCCUCAACGGCCUGCUGGACGGAUACGAUAACAAACUGAGGCCCGACAUCGGAGUUAAACCCACAGUGAUCCACACAGACAUGUUUGUCAACAGCAUCGGCCCAGUGAAUGCCAUCAAUAUGGAAUACACCAUUGACAUCUUUUUCGCCCAGACCUGGUAUGACAGGAGGUUAAAAUUCAACAGCACGAUGAAGGUGUUGCGUCUCAACAGCAACAUGGUCGGGAAGAUCUGGAUCCCGGAUACAUUUUUCCGCAACUCGAAGAAGGCAGAUGCUCAUUGGAUCACCACGCCUAAUCGCAUGCUUCGGAUCUGGAACGACGGAAGGAUACUCUACACGCUCAGGUUGACCAUUGAUGCUGAAUGCCAGCUAAAACUGAACAACUUCCCAAUGGAUGAGCACUCGUGCCCCUUGGAAUUUUCAAGCUAUGGCUACCCCAGGGAGGAGAUUGUGUACAAGUGGAAGAGAAGCUCAGUGGAGGUUGGAGAUAUCCGCUCCUGGAGGCUUUACCAGUUUUCCUUUGUGGGCCUGAGGAACACCUCGGAGAUUGUUAGGACCGUCUCAGACGAUGUGAGGACUGGAUUGGACUCUUCAUGGCAGUAUUGACAGCCAUGAUAUUUAAUCUGAUGUGGACAGGAGGAACGCUACAUUGUCAGCAUCAUCCUCUAGUGUAAUAUCUGUUAUGAAUAUUUUAAGUCAUUAUUUUCAUCAUCUGGUACAAACAACUAUGCACGCCAAUGUCUCCAAGCAUGUCAUUAAAUAACAUUUCUGUUAUUUAUAUAUAACUGUUAUUUGGAGGGUCGUUUUGAUGCAAAAAUGUGCAAUAAUUCAGAUGUAGACUUCAAAGAAGCUGGUUUUGGACAAAUGAGAACUUUUCCCGGUGAUAUCAUUGUGGUUAUAACAAAACAAAAAGGAGCCUUGAGUAAAGCUGUUACAACUUCAUAAUUAAAAGACAGGAGCCUGUGGCAGGGAGGACUGAUUGGAUAGAACUUCUGUUAAACUGCCUUGGAGCAGCUAUUUUAACACAAUGGCAAUGGCCAAUUCACUACUGGCCUGCUAUUUUCUAAGGCACCUGUGUAAAACUCAUGGCCAUGCUUUUUAUGUGGGCCAUAGAAGUUUGGAAAUAAUCAUGCAUAUUAUACUUGAAUGUUGUCUUCUCCAGUGUCCCAAAAAUUACAAAUGACGGGACUCAACACAAGUGAGCAGCAAGAUAAUUGUGUCUUUCCUACAGUCAACUGUGAUAGUGCCAUAGUCUAGAGAUGCAUGAGUGCUGUCGGCACUGGGGAGCUGGUUCAUUGAGGGAAACGUAAAUUCCAACACUUGGGAAACUGGGAAUGAGUUUUCCAACAUGAUAACAAUCCCAAACACCAGUGAUUGUUAACUGGUGUGUCGCUAACCUGUUGUCAGGGGGUCGCGGGUCUUAAUCUUGCACUUGCUGGGAAACAGCCCUGAUCUUAGUUACCUAUUUAAUUGUCGUGUUUGGAGGUGUUUGAAAUUGCCACGUAAAAUCGGUAAUGCUAAUCGCUAGCGCGUGUAUGGGAUUUUCAAUGUAAAUUAGCAUCAAGCUAGCACAUUUGUUUAAAUGCAUUCCAUUUAUGUUGAUUAUCUCUGAUUAAUGAUUUUGCAUCCUAUGUAUUUAUAAUUCACAUACUUUACUGCUGUGUGUUCAGUUUUGUGCUGACACACUGUGUUAUUUUCAUUUUGCACUACCUCAACUUCAAACUGCACUAUGUUAUCAUUAGAUGAAAGACGUUUGAGAAAUUUUAGUUGAUAAAUUUCCGCAAUUUGGGGUUGCCGCUAGUCAUUUAGGUGUGAUGGUGGGUCCCUUAGCUAAAACAGUUGAUAACCACUGGGCUUGAUGACGACUGCCUUGCUGAGGAAGCUGAAAGUGGAGGUGAUUGAGUGAGUCACCUACAGACCUGACCCCAACUGACCACUUGCGGGUCAUUCUCAAGCAAAGAAAGGUGUAGAGCGCAAGUGGUGCUCACACUAAAUAUCAACUUUUGACUAUUUGUUCACUUGUGUUGCCAGCUUUACUUCAGACAAUAAUGGUUGUGUGUUGACUCAUUUUCAGUGGAUGGUAAAUCUAUAGGAUUGUCCCUUGAGAAUAUACUUUAUGAUAAAAUUAUUGCUAAAAUGAUACUGUCGCUACAAACACUAAAUUAAGUGUUGCUACUGAAUUGGUGAGUGAGUGUAUGUGCAUACACAUACAGUAAAUGUUGUGCCUACUUUAGAGUGUAAUGCUAGUUGAGUUGAGCAGCACUCUUGUAUGCGGUGCAAUAAAGCUGUGUUUGUAGUGUAGGCUGAGAGGUUGAUAGCGGCUAUCCAUGUUAGAUAAUCCAAAGCUAUAUAAUGCUGAUGUGCAAAAAUGUGCAAAUCAUCCGUUUUUAUAUGCAUUUACAUCAUUUAGAGCAACAAAAAGUACUUGAGCUAAGAGCUGUGAGUUGUGUUUAAAAAAAAAAAAACAAAAAAACACGCAUUUCAAACUUCUCCCCCUCGGUUUUUUAAUCAAAGCACUUCCAAGUGACAUCAUGAAAAAGGCAAUCUGCGUAGGCGGAUUAGAUGCGGUGAAGACUUCGUAGCGUGCCUCUCUCUGAUCUGGUUUGUUAUUACCGCCGACAGCCAAAUCGCCAUCUGCUCUCUUGUCAGCGCAGAGAACUUUGACUGAGGUUGAGAGACCCUCUUUGGGUUUGAGUUUCUGACCUGCCUCCAGUUGGGCGAACGCAACAUCUGUUAAAGAGACAGCCUGGCCAUAAAGUACAUCCUGCUGCAGAAAUGAUUGAAAAAAUGUGUGUGUUUGUGAGCUGAAUGUCAAAUAGGGUUGUUUUUCAUUGGUGUAUUGAAUUGUCCAAUUUAAGCGUUUGAAGACUAUUCCUAUUUAGGACCUUUGCUGUGUUAGAGUAGGUCAGGUAAGGCAACUGGAAAUAAUGUUUGCAGACAAGCAGGCAUGUGAAUCGGACUAAGCCAGAGGAGGCCAUUCCCUCUCUUUGUCUCUGUUGUCACGGUGCUACCUGUCGACAUCCCAACUGUGAUCUGAUUUGUUGGAUAAAAAAUUGAGGCAUGGUUAAAAGUAAUAUGAUUUUAUGAUGGAAGGUGGGCUGGGGGUUGACAUGCCAUCUGCUGCUGUUGAUAGAGUGCUAGCUUUUAAUAAAAGAGAUGUCUGUUUAUAUUUGUCUGUCCGACUCAGCCAGUGUCCAAAGGCUUGCUGUCUCAACAUGUCAAUUCACAUCAACACCGCUUGCAAGACUAUACCUGCAUUUACCAACGCACAUACUUGCUUGCACACACUCAGGUUUGUCAGGGAAAACAAGCUGAAAGAUAAGCGAUGCAGACAGCCAGCUAAUGCUGAAUUUAUCUACAGUAUGUUAUACACCGGUUCAUUUGGUAUCCCUAACAGCUACAGUAUAAAAAAUUAUCAAACAGAAGUAGACAUCUUCAUUAGUUACAUACAAUUAGAAAGCAGUUCAGUUUUUUAAAUCAGUGUGUUUUACAUAAGAAAGGGUAAGCAAUAAAUGUUAUAGUAAAACACUGGGGCAUGACUUUGCUUCUGUUUUUACAGUCACUCACAAAAAAGUGUUACCUGCAUGUUUGCAAGUUAUUUUGGGGGGAAAAGGAUAGUUAGCUUUGCUUGCUUACCGAGGGUGGUCAGUCACAACAACACAGUUCAUAAACUGUGAUGACAUUUUAGAUUGUUAUUUAAUGUUGCGAACUAUCAUAGCUUGGCCUUCUCGUCUUAGGCUGCUGCCUCUGCGACCCAACCUCGGAUACAGUAGUCCCUCGCUACGUCACGGUUCGAACAUCGCUCCCCGCUUUAUCGUGUUUUUUUCCAAAAUGUAUUAAUUCAUAAAUGUUUGUGUGUCAGUAAUGUUAUGUUGAUGAGACAUUAACCAUCUUAGAUUACAUUACCCUAACACUGCAUGGGGUCAACCAUGGCAUGUCCGACAUGAUAGAGUGAAAAAAACGUUCUUCCCUCAUUCCGUGUGGACGUGGUACAUUUCUGGCUUCUUUCUUUGUCCAUCUUCCCCAUGCACUCCUCUUUGAAACACUUUCUUAACUUUAGAACAAAUAAAUUGGAGGCUAACUAGUAAGCUCAGUAGCUUGGUAUAUGCUGUGAUCAGUGGCCGUCUUUUAUGUCCCUGCAGGGAUCUCGUAGCCUGCUCAUUAGUGUUGCGCAGUGUAAACGAUAGGAGUGUAAAGGUAACUAUAGGGGUGUUAUUUGAUGUCUACAGGGCUUGUUUACAAAGUCAAACAGGUUUUCUAUGCUCUAACUAUGACAAUAUUCAGUUUAUUCAUAUUGAAUCCUAGUUUACGGAAAUUCACUUCAACACAAAUUCGGGUCUGGAACCAAUGGAGUGUGAUAAAUGAGGGACAACUGUGUGCAACAAAUUUGGCCAAUAUUGAGAUUUUGCGUGCAGUAGUUUGUCAUGAUAUGAAGUGUUCAGAUCAUUUCAUCUCUGGUGCUCUGUGAUACAACAUCACAAUGUUGUCAAUGAUAAUAUAAUGCUGGAAAGGCAGUGCACAAAAAACUAUUUUCACAUACAAGCACAGCAAAUUACCCAACGUAUUUGAAAGGAGAGACGUUAGAGAGACAGAAAAUUGAGGUGAGCGUUACGAUUACGCUGCCGUUACUCAUCACAGAGUAAUCUUACCAUGCCUGUUACUCAUAGUUCCUGCAGAUUGGUAGAAUAAAUUAGCUGAAAAAAAAAAUAAAAACAUCAUAUUGAUGUGCUAGAGGCUUUUUUGUCCAAGCAAAAAGGCUAGCCUGACUGAUUGUCUCGUUUGGUUGCUAUUCUUGUUCCUGUUUGCAGUGAGUGGCAUGUUCAUUCAUUGAAGCAGGAUUUAAGAUGGUUAAUUUGCAAAUGAAUCACAAAGCCGUACAUUUACAUACUGUAUGUAUGGAUUAAGAUGAGCGUGUCAUGAAAUAAUACGCGUUCUUAUGCGUCGUCUGUUUGUUUGCUCCUGAUGUAUGGAUAAAAGCUAUUCUUAGAGUGACCUUCCGAAAGCCAUGAUGGCGUGCGGCCCUUGUUGUCUGUGUGUGUCCGCCUGUGUGAUUCGGCUUGAGUGGAGAAAGCCCCGAGACACAUCAGUGGCCCUGUCCCGAUUACCGAGCUCCACAGUUUACAGAUGAUUCGUUGAUGGGGGCAAAUCCGAAAGGGGAGGGGAAGGAGUCAGCAUUGUGGUUGAAAGGAACAAGCUCGGGAAAAACAGCACAACAAACCCAUGAAUGCACUAAGGAGAAAAAAAGCAUUCCCCUUAUAGCAUGACCAAGCACAUCCUUGUUCUAUCUUUAGGCCCUUGUUGCUGCAAAUGGAGACACAGACCCUAAUCCGUAAAGACAUACUUAUAAACAAGUACAAUAUUUACUGUUCUGCUGCAGCAAGAUAAAGCCUCAACAACAACUGAAAAUGCUGUUACAUCAACAUAGCUUUGUUAAUUUGUGCAUUUAUAUUUGACAUCCUGACUAUACUUUAGCAUCAUUAUUUUUUUAAACGAUUUUUUAAAAUAAUUUACCUGUACAUUUAAUUAAAUUUCAGUAAGAAUCCACACACUAAUUCUAUGCUAAAAAUAUAUUUAUUAAAAGCUCUUUUGUUACGUGUAAAAAUGAUCAAAAUAAUCUCUGUAAAAUACUACUGUCAUGAAAAAAAUACAAUUCCAAAAAAGUUACUUCCCACUGAUCCAGAUUUUUCAUUUGGCAGAAAUAAAAAAAAAAAAAAAUAUUAUUUCUAUGAAAUCUGAUUUAGGUUGUAAUUUGUAUGCACUUGUGCAAUAUUUUAUUUACACUAUCCUGGAUCUAGAACAAAUCGUGGAUGGGCAAAAUAAUUAAUUACAUACAAGACAAUGAUAAAAGUCAUAAUAAUGAGACAACCAUUGUUAAGAAUUCGGUCUAUUGUUGUGUGCAAUUGACUGUUAAUCACAGCAUCUUGAACUAACACUUAGUACACAGUAUACUAAUUAAUUAACCGUCUCAUAAAACAGAUAAAAAAACUUAGCUAAGAAUGCACGUAAUGGGAAACACAUAUUUCACCUAUCAAGCCUUUUGAAAUAAACUCCAAAAGGUGCUAACAACAUCCCAUUUACAUAUAAUGUGGCGUACGUAUUAACCAAGCUACAGCGACGUUGUUGUUAUUAUUAACAUUGUUACGCCGUUCGAACUACGCACAACACUUCAGGCGACUACUGACCGGUAAAGCUACAUAAAGGAGCUGCUGAUGUGUUUUUAUUUUUCAAUUUGGAAGAGUCAAUGCUAGGUGUAGGCAUUCGUUUCUAUGUUGCUAUGUGAAAUCAAUGCGCCCAGGAAGGAAGCUCCGGUAAUGAUCAAAAGGGCAAAAUAUGACAAAAUACUAUAGGUAUUACAUGUUAUCAUGACUGUACCUGUUAAUACAUGGUCACAGCAUGUAUGAUAAAACCAUACAUAAAACCUUGUUGGAGGGUUUUGGAGGUGUUUUCAUAGCGGUCUUUGUAGGCGGCAUAGGUGUGUCCCAUUACAUGCAGUAAUGAGCUGUCUCUUUUUAUCUGUUUUUAUAUCUUUAGAACGCACAGAAAAGGGAAUGACGUGUGUUCAUGUCUCACAUAAGGAUUGUGGAUGAUGGGCAAAAUUCCCCAAAAAGUGCAGUUUUCCUUUAACUCGACUGUAACACAUCGCUAUACAUCCUGACCAUUUUCUUAUGCUGUUUCAGAUCUGGCAAAUGGCACAUGUUGAAUACAGGAAGUCUAUUGGCAAUUGAUGUGAAACGGAGAGGGGGUAGGAUUAAAUGAGCUCCUCUUCUUCCUACUCCUUUUACGACAUGUGGAAUUGUGAUAUGUAAUGUGAAGUAUUCCAAUGUGACCAGAAUGCAUGUUCAAAAUAAAUUAAACCAUACCAUACCAUACCAAAGAAAUUCCGUGAGGGCUUUUGCAUCUCAGUGCUCGAGCCCGAAUAAUAAUACAUUUCACCAAGGAAAUUCAACAUUGAUUUAUCCCUUUAAGCCAUCAAUUUAGCCAUUGACUUUGCAGGUGACAGAUACUGCCAUGGGGAAUAAAAGUGCACAUAUGAGCAGAACUGUGAUGCAGAUUAAGGCGGAAACAGUUUAUGACAUUCUGCUCAGAAAAAUUUAUUCCCGUCGAGACAAGGUUGGUUGUCACAGGCUGCUUGGUUUAAUUAAGAAAAGUGGCGCAAAGCAAUAAAACACCAAUAGUUUGUUUUAUUGUUACUUAGACAUUGUAUUAGAUAUACAGUAAAACCUUGCCAUAAAGUAAGAGAAGCGUGGACAUUACCGUGAUGAGUCCAUCAUGAAACUCAUCAAAAAGUGUAAAAAUGAGAUGAUACACCAAGUUUCUUGUGUUUGUGUUUAAUUCAGUAUUAAGAACAGUGAAUUAAUGAGCGUAAAAUGAUGCUGCAGCUCUUUAAUCAGAUGCCGAUGGCCCAGUGUUUAUUAAGAGAGAAGAGGUUAAGCAAUUGCGAAACAAUCCAUUGGGUGACGCCACUCCUGUUAGAGCAACUCUCUCAAAUCUCUCUCCCUCUCUCCUUGUGAUUCUUGUGACGGGCAGGAUCAUUCUUGUGGCUCAGCCAGAAGCUUUCUUUCGUCAAGUUAAAUACCAGUUUUACACACACACACACACACACACAUCCCCACCUGUGCUUGCAAUAUUCACUGUACAAUACAUGUAUGCAUGCAUGUUGCACAAUACAGUGUAUAUUCGCAAUUCAGCAUUUGCGACUCCACAAAUUUGCAGGUUUUUGGUGAAAAUUUAUUUUUCUCCUAAAAUGGACAGAAAACACAUCUCAUUCACCCUAACUUGAUAAUAAUUUAUAUCUGUGAUGAGUACAGCAUAACAUGUAAAUUCAAUACAUUAAAUGUACAUAUAUACAUAGUAGGCCUGGGCAAUAAACCGAAAAUGUACCAUUACUGAAAUUUACUACGUCAUUUUGCCCGUGUCGAUAAAUUUGGUGUUUUAAUAAAAAAGAAAAUAAAAGUAUUUUUUGUUUUUUGUUUUGACUGUGUGUGCUGGUAUGCUAUGUUCAUUCCCCUUUAAGACAAGGUACAUCGUGUGGAAUCACGUGACUCCACCCUUGCAGCCUGAACAAGAAGGGAAACAGAAGAUGAGGGAACGGGUGAUGGUUCAAAUGAAGGAGCGGCUGUACAGUGCCAGCAAUUCACUCGCUUAUGCGCCUAGAAAUCAACAGUGCGAGUAGAAAAAAUAAAAAGGGAGCACACGUGCGACUACGUUUUUCAACCCUGUCAUUCGCAUUUCGCUCCUGAAAUAAGUCCAUACAAAGCGAAUCAAAGGCACCUCGCAUUGCCGUACAAGCGGCACUCGCUGACGUAGCUAACUAGCCAUGUUAUCAGUUGGAUGCUGGUACGCUGCUGGAAAGAUGACUGCUCUCUGUGACGUACUAUAGUGCUUUCCCAAUCAUGCGCUAAAAAUACUUUUUUUGUCUGCUGUUUGUAUUCAUCGUAACGCUGCUCCGAAUGACACACAAAUACUUGACUUGAAAUAUAUGGAUUUUUAAAGCCUUUAAAAAAAAACAAACAUGUACAUCAUGACCAAUUAUGCAAAAUUGACAAUUCACAAAUAAAGAAAAAGAUAAUACAAACAUUAUAAAAGUGUCUCUGUCGGAAACCAUGAUUAGUUUGCUGUUAGUAGCAGUUUUUAAGGAUUCCAUGCUUUAUUUGAUGUCACGAAUAGAUGGUCACAUGGCUACAAGAGCAUGUGAAUUUCUCUUUUCAUUGUGUAAAUGGUCAUUUUGAUGAUUGGUUAUCUAUGGAAUGUCUGGAAUUGAAUAGAAUUGCUAGAAAAAUGAGAAAGUCACUAUAUUUAUAAAUGGUAUUAUUAUUAUUAUUAUUAUUAUUGGAAUAUAUUACCUGACAUGGUUGUGGUAGGUUGGGUUGAUAUCAACCCCGUUCUUCUUGUGCAGUGUGAUAAGUGGCCAUUAUUAAUGUAACUGCAUGAUGCCAUUAUGUGGCUGUAUGUGUAGCUUAGUAUGUGUGCACAGGAUGUAGUAUGCCAGGGUAUGUACGAUACAUUCAGAUUUGUGGACCGCAGUCCCAGGAAGAUUUAUUUUGGGUUCCACAAAGAUGAUGUUGAGCAAAAGAACACGAAAUGCAAAGUCAGUAUGAAAACUGACGUAACCACCCAAAGCACAUUAUGUAAAUGGAGACGUUGUUGGUGCUUUUUGGAGGUUUUUUCCAGAAAGCUUUAUAGUCAGAAUAGGUGCGUCCCAUUACAUGCAUUAUAUUUCAUUGAAAGUAAUGUGUGCCAGUUGGUCAAUAAAUCAACGAAAAGCAGUUAAUUUGCAUUUCCUGCAAUUAUUUUCAGAUGGCAAAGAUAUAUAGUGGGCGGGGAUUUAUCAUGCAUUUAUCGUUAUUGAGGUAAAACUGCCCAAUUUAUCGUGAUAUUGAUUUGAGGUCAUAUCGCCCAGCCCUAAUACAUAGCAUACAUAGACAUAUACCAGACAUGUAUGCUGUACUGACAUAACUACGUGUCAGUGCAAGAUGGCGGUACCCUGUGUGUGUGUCUUCAGCAGGAUUAGCAUCUCCAGUUUUACUGUCUUAAACUGGGCUUCAAAACUUACAUCGAGGUGAAGACAAUUCAAUAUAUGAUCGUAAGAUGUUACUGGAAUUACAACAGGCAAGCAAGGUAAGUUAGAGGCACACACCAACCAAGAAUGAGUCCACUCUUUUUUGGGAUGCAAAACGACAGUUGUAAAGAUUCAAGAGUUUUAUUGUCACAUGCACAGUAAAACAGGUAGUUAUACUACGCAAUGAAAUUCUUAAGAUACAGCACACUGAGACCUCUGUCAGCCCACAACAGUUAUUUGGGUGGAAUCACCCAUGUUAGUAUUCCAUGCCAUUGUAACAGUGAUCAUGGAUGCACCUGAAAACCAAAAGUGGCUGCGUUGCGUUUAUUUGUUAGAAGUUAAAUUAUAGAAUCUCUUAGGAAGGAAUGAAAGGACUUAGGAGGAAAGGACAGAGGCGGUGUGGAGGGAUGCGACAACCAACCUUGACGAAGGUGGCUUCCCUCACUCUUUCAAACCUUUCCUGUCUCUCCUCUCUGACUUCUCUGUCCAGAAUAUGUAUAUUUUUGUCCAGUUGAGCUGAGUUGUGACUUGAAGACUUAGCCCGUCUGUGUUGUGACAUGCACCUGCUCAGUAGCUGCUCGGUUUCCCCAAUAUGGAAAUCAGUGCAUUCCUCACUGCACUGGACAGCAUACAUUGUUUUUCUGGGUAUGAGGUGUCCGGUCUUUGGGGUGUACUGGCCUUAGUCUCAGAGUGUUACCAGGUUUGAAGUGUACAGGAAUGUUGUGUUGGUUGAAAAUUCUUGUGAUACUGGACCUGGAUGUGUAUGUAGUGUGUUUUUUAACCUGUAAAUACCAGCUGCGGUAUUUACAGGUUGGUUUACUGUGGGCUGUUGGGAACAUUAUCACCUCUCUGUUGUCGGGUUUUGAUAAUGCCCAGGUUGUGUUUGAGUGGGUGUUAUGUGUCAAAAUGUAGGUACUGGUUGGGUCUGUGGGUUUCACUGUAAAACCCAACAUAGAGGCCCCUGUUGUCUCCAAUGUGGGGAUCACAGUCCAAAAAAGAAAAGUUAACCUGGUGAACUAAUGAAGCCUGUUCGGAUGAGAGGCAAAAACCCAAAAGUGGGUUUUCAGUGGGUCGCAGGUCUUUGCCUGGGAAAAAAAAAACUAAAAAAGUAAUGACCCAAUCUCCGUGAAUUCAACUUGCGCUCUUGUCUGUGCUUUUCACAUGCUCCACCCGUUGAGAACUACUGUCCUAAGACUACCUGAACAGUCCAGUUGGCGAGAAUCUCGCUAUUAGUAGAGUUCAUAGUAUUUAUUAUUUUUGUAUUUUUACAUGUACUGAUUAUUAUGACUCAGUUGUGUAUGUUUUCAUGUUUUAAAUAAUUGGAUUGGAUUAUUUACCAUUUUAAACUAUUCUGAUAAAGCUGAUCCUUUCCAGAUUUAUGCUAAAGUCUUUCAGAGCCACUGUUAUUUAUAACUGUGCAGUUUAACUUUUGUUAUAAACUACAGAUGGGUAUGGACUAAAUUUCAACUAUAGGGAGCACAAUUUGAAAGAAUGUUCUGAGCUGUUGUUUCCAAUCAAAUGUCGUAUUGGGUAGAGUCAUGCCAGCCCAGUAGAGUUGCAGUAAAUAAGGUCUGUGUGGAUGCAGUCCAACUUCACAUACUGUCUUGUUGUUCUUCCUUAGACAGCAAGCUAGUUGAGACCGAAUCAACAGCACUUCUGCUGGUUGCAACAAAGCAGAGCUCAAUUUUUUUCCGAUCACCUAAACUAAAUCACAGUCUUAGGUGGGUUUGGUAUAUUUUUUCAAGAUAUCUCUAUUUUUUAAACAAGGGUACAGUUUGAAGCUAGACAAAAUGGAUUUAUGAGAUUAGACACCUGUGUUUUUGUGGAUCCUACCCCUAUGUCCUACUUUUUAAUCCCCCGCUCUUCCCUCUGGCCUGUAAUUAACACGUUGGAAAAGGAACGGGGAAAAAGAUGCUCAGAGAAAAUGAAAGCCCUGUUUAUCUUUACAUUAUAUGUGGCAUAUCAAUUUUGGGGUGCUUUUUUGAAUGACAGAUCAUCAAGCACACAAGAACACAGAUUGAACCUAAUGUUUGCACUCUUCGUCAUAUUUUUUUCUCCACUCUUUUUCUCUGCUUUAGCGACGCCAAACACGGCAUGACUGCAGUUGCAACUCGAGCUUCAGAGAGAUAAAACUAGGACACACACGAAUACAUUGCCUCCGAAAUGAAAAUUAUCUUGCGAGCGGAUGGUAAAAUUGAGGUUGUUUUUUGGGGGGGGGAGGUUUGUGGUUGAAAAUGCUAGUAGGCAUGGAUGGAGGUCAUAGAGUGUGGAGAAAGACGGCAGGGUAUUAAAAAAAAACACACCAAAAAAAGAGAUCAACUGUGUCAGAGAUGCUGCUUUUGUCUUUUAUGUGGACUAGGGUGUGAGGUUUGCAAGCCUCCAUAGUUACAUUGUGAUAUGAUUAUACACUUAACAAUUUACUUCCAAGAUAUUUGUUUUCCAUUGUAUUUACCCACCAAACCAGCAUGCCCCCGCGACCCUAAAGAGGAGAAGCGGUAUAGAAAAUGGAUGGAUGGAUGGACAACAGUAGCUCACAAAGGUGGAAACACCCCUCAUACUUCAGUGAGCAUUUUAUUAAAUCUUCUCGAGUUUUUUUUUUGUUGCUUAAAUUGAUUUGCUCCCAACAUACGUGUAAAAUGAAUUUCUCAUAUAAAAACAUAAUUAUAUCCAAUGUUAUUGUUCAUAUGGCUUCAGAUUGCAAAAAAAUAACUACAAUAAUUCCCAGACUGUAGAGCACACCGGUAUAUAAGCCGCACCCACUAUAUUUAAAGAGAAAAGAUUUGUACUGUACAUAUACUGUAUAGGCUGUAUAGGUCUAUAAGCCGCAAGUCUUCAUGUUGUCACAUGGGAUAUUUAGUACACAAAAAGAUCUUACACAGAAAGAUUUUUUUCAACUUUUGAUUAAGUAAAUGCUUUUUUUCCCAAACAGCGCCAAACAGUGCGUGUAACACGUCUAGUUAAACAUUCAUUCAUCGCCUUCUUCAUCCUCCUAGGAACCAAAACCACUAAAGUUGUCUUCUCAAAAUAGAACAGCCUCAUAAUUCCUUCAUCACACACUUUGUCAGUCUCUCUCUCUCUUGCGUUGUUGCUCUCGGCGUCAUUUUCAUCUCGAGGCAAAUUAGCCCUUUAGCUUGAGCUUUCUUCUUCCUUCAUCACAGGCUGGACCGCUGUCCAGCCUUUCGAAACACACACUUGCAAUCCUUCCUCCACUCGAAGUUACCAGCAUCACUGGUUAGCGCUGAUGAUGAGACGUGAGAUGCUUUCAACAUCUGCUGCGGUUCAAGCAGUCCAAACAGAAGCUGUAGUAAUUCUACACUUAACAUACUUAAGAUUUGCCAGAUCAAAACAUGAUCGCUGCAUAAAACUUCAAAACGUGAUACUAGUGUCGACUUCACUCGUCCGAUUUACUACUUCCUGAAGCUGCACCAUAACCAUCGUGGGAACUGUAGUUAUGUUAGCCAUAAAGUAGCUGCAUCACUGUAUAAACCGUAGCGUUCACGUGACGGUGGGAAAGCUUGGUUUAUAGUGUGCCCUUCUUUGUAAAUAUCCCAUGUUACAACAUGGACACCUGCAGCUUAUAGACAAGCCUACAGCCUACAGUAUAUAGCUGCAGUAUGUCCUUUUUUUCAUUUAAAUUUGGUCGGUGCGGCUUAUAUCCGGAUGCACUCAACAGUCUGGAAUUUAUGGUAAAUGUGUAGACUUAAAACUGCAUUAAAGUUCGCUAGAAUGUGCUUAACUUUAUGACUAUGUUGAGCAUUAAUCUGCAGUUGAGUGAGUUUGCUCUCACUAAUCUUCUCAAGGAGCAAUACUAUAGAAGCUAUUUUUACAGUAGUCAGUACAGCUUGUAUACCAGUAUACUGUAGAUUUACUGUCUACUGAAAAUUAGUCAACACACUGCCAUUAUUGUCUAAAUAGCUGGCAACAUGUGAGUACCAAGAUAAUUGCCUACAGUCAAGCAUAGUGGUGAUAGAGUCAUCGUCUGGGGCUGCAUGAGUUCUGUCGGCACUGGGGAGUUACGGCUCAUUGAGGGAAACAUGAAUUCCAACUUGUACUGUGACAUUGAAGACAUCGAGGAAACUGGGCUGCAUGGCAGUUCUCCAACAUGACAAGGAGCCUAAACACACCUCCUAGUUGACAAGUGCUGUGCUUAUGAAGCUGAAAGUGGAGGUGAUCUAGUGGCCAGUGUGUCCUCCAAACCUGAACCCAAUUAAGCACUCUGAGGAGUGCCAGGUGUUUAAGAUACACUAAUUCCACCAGUGAUGUCUUCAUGGAGGAGUAGAAGAGGAUUCUAGUAACAACCAGGUCUGCUGAAUUCCAUGCUCAAGAGGAAUAAGGCAGUACUAGAUAACAAUAGUGCUUCCACUUUAAUAUAAACGAUAUUCACAAUUUGGAAAUGUUCACUGUGAGGUGGACUCACUGUUGCCAGCUACAGUAUUUACACUUUUUUCGUGGAUAGUAAAUCUGUACUGCUAUACAAGUUGUACACUGACUACAUAUGUACUGUAUAUCCACGUAUUGAGAAGAUAAAAUAUAAAAUGGUUGCUGAAAUGUGAGAAUGUGAAAUGCGUAUCUUUUGUGAGAUACAGACUCAAUUGAGUUAAUGUUAAAGAUCAAAUCACCAUGCAGGACAGGAAUACCUAUCCAGACCACAAAUGAUUAGAUUAGAAAUCGAUAUAGCUCUGGACAACAACAUGGACUUUAACUUAAAAUAUUUGUGUGUGUGUGUAUAUAUAUAUAUACAUACUGUAUAUAUAUAUAUAUAUAUAUAUAUAUAUGUAUAUAUUAGAAACAACUGCUUUUACUACAAGGACAAAUACAAUAACAUCAAGCAGUAUUUGAGACAAUUCAGUGAACCCUUCAAAGUAAUCACAAUCUCAGAAACUUGGAUUGAUGUUGAGAAAGACGCCGGUAUGGGUAUGAAGUGAACUACAUCAACAGGGACACCAAGAGUGGAGGGAACGUUAAAUUAUAUUUUGAUCUGCAAACCUUAACUCUAAUGUAACACAUUAUACUGUAAGAAAAUGACCAGGACGUAUAAUUCUGGUCAUUUUCUUACAUUAUUUCAGAUUUGGUAAAUGGUACACGUUGAAUACAGGAAAUGAACAAAUGUAUUAGCAAUUGAUGUGAAUCGGAGAGGGAGUAGGAUUGAAUAAACUCUGCUUUUUCCUACUCCUUUUCGGACAUGUGGAAUUGUAAAUUGAAACAUGAAUCAUUACAAUGUAACUUGUAUGCAUGUUUGAAAUAAAUUCAUCCAUACAGUAUGGCACUUUUAAGGUUGUGAAAGUGCUAUUGUGUUUCUUAAAUCCCUGCAGAAUCAGCAUGCACAUGUCCUAAGUGGCGCCUAUUACCUGUCUAAAGCUUUAGAUCGAGCGUGCCAUGUUUUAUCUCGCCACAUUAUGCUAAUGCCCGUCAUAGAUACCAUAACGUAUCGGGACUGGAAAGAGGGGGAUGGGGCGUUAUAAGCGGUAAGUUUUGCAAAUUCAAUUUCAAGUCAUAUAAGCUCGGAUUGUGUUUACUAAGAGGAUUAACCUGCCUCCAUGUGUGCUGUUAUCUGUACAGCUGUCUAUAAGUUUCUGUGAGGGGAUACAUUGUUAAUAUUCCACUCCAAUUAGUAGACUCAAAGCACAAAAGGGAUAUUUAUUUAUUAGGUGCAAUGCAAUGAAAAAUGGCUUUGUGGUUAAUAAGACACUUAAAAGGCAGCUAGAGUAUGAAAAAGACUGCCAAGGCAGUGGUUUGAAAGUAAUAGUCUGCAUGGACGAAUGUGCUUAGAGAGACGAUAAACCGAGAAUCCAUUUCAAGUCAGUGACUUUUAGGCUCACCUAUUUCUUUUACCAUCUGUCCAUACAUCUUUUUAAUGUCUUUAUUUCUGUCAUAAAGACCAAGAUAUUGUGUCCUGUCAAGACAUAAGGGGUCAAAGCAUGUUAUAUAUUACGAGUGUAAAUUAGACUGUGCUAUAUCAAGAAAGUGAAGGAUUGAGCGCUGAAUUUAAGAAGUGCUUACGUAACAGGUGUGAAUCGAGGCUCUCCUGAUGUGUGUGAAAAAGAAAUAACUAAGCCAUUGUUAGGCAAGCAGAAGAAGUAUACAUUGAAGGUAGAGUUUUGUAUUGAAUUAGGAUGAAUGUAGGAAAAGUGUGAUGAUAACCAUAGUCUACGACUUUUACUGCAACAUAAUGACAAAAGUGGCAAGGACAUCUUUGUCCUGGCUUCUUCGGACGAUAUGGCUAAAGCAAUAAGAAAUAAGUAAAUACCAAUAAUCAAAGAAGUGUGAAAGUCAGCUGUGAUUGGUCUUAAUGUAAAAGACACACACCUCCCAGGCACACAGUAAGCUAACUUCUUUUAACACAUGCAUAACAGUUAGAAAUGGAAUCCACUUCCUUAAAAGCUACAACUCACAUGUCAAAGGGUGAGUAGGGUGCGGCUUACACCGUACUUUUCUUGCACUUCUAUUAUAUAGUGGUUAACUUACUUUUACACUUGUAUGGCACUUACAAUCGUUAAAAAGUGUGAUGCAUCAUGUGGAACUCAUCUUCAGCCUUUGUGCCUCGUACAAUGCUAGACAGCUAUCACAAGUCAAAGUUGAACGUUUUAUUAGUGUUUAAAGUAUGCAUUUUAAAAUAUGGCAGAAAAGGUGAACGUUUGCUGUACACUGGAACAGAUUAUUUCAAGUUUUCAUUGGGAAAAUGUGUUUCAAAAUUCAAAUAAAAUCACUGAACAUCCCAUUGUGUUCAACAUUUAAGGUUGUGCAACAAUGUUAAAAAUGAAAAAGUGAAAAAUGAAGUCAAAGCUGACAGUGUUAUUAGUGGUUAACUUGUGAAUUUUAAAGAAUUGCCUAAAAAGUCAAAGGUUUUAUACUGGCUGCAGUUUUACAUUAGAACAUAUUUUUUCAAUUUUCAUUAGGGAAAAUGAUGGGAAAAUUUGUUUCUUACGAUGUUAUAAAGUGUGCUGUUAGAGGAUAAAAACAAGAAAUCAUCAUGGUCAUGCCACCCACUGGCAGGUAUAAAAAUAGCUACUGCAGCCUGCGGAGGGGGGUUACAAUCCAGUGCCAUGGUAACUACUUCAUCACUAACACGCUGCCGUUUGUCUUGUCACCAAAAAAGCGAUGAGCCAACAUUGUGGCUAAGUAUCGUUGACCUUGGCAAGUAGCCAUGGCACGACGGCGGUCAUUAGCAAGCCUCCUGUCUUUCAGUCAAACAUGCACAUUAGCAUACGCUGUCACCUCUUAUAUCCAAGAGGACGCAGCCGCCUCGCAAUGGAUGGCCAGCAUGUGCCUGAGGUCUCUGCUGCUCGUCUGUAUCUGCACCAAUUUACAGCCUGUCUGUCAGCAGAAUGAGGAUAUGAUAUUCUCAUGUGGCACCAUUUUUUCUGGUCAGCAAUGCCAAGUUUCAUUCCCAGUUGGCUGUUCCACACUAAUAUAUUCUGCUAUCUGCCUUAGAUAACAUUUUUCAUUCUGGUAUAAUAAUUGAACAAAUCUUUUUUAUAUAUAUUCAGUCUGGAAGAGUUAUUGUUCCUUCCUACCACCCUGGCUCUGAUUCUGGUAAAUGUGUUGCCUCUGAGGCUUCGAACAAUAAAGCGCUGAUUUCUGAUGAAUGAUCACGGCCGCCAAGUUUUUUUUUAUUGCUUUCUAUAGAUUACAUCAGCUU